GACAUUAAAUUUUGCUGUCGCGCCAAUCGGGUACGUCCACAUGCCACAUGCGUACCACUAAUAAAUUUGAUGUUUGUAGAAGUUGCAAAUUAUUUACAUUUUUUAAAAUAAACGCUAGAAAAAUACUUCUCUACAUAUUUUUUUCAUAUAGAAUAAAUAAAUGAACUAUUGUAAAUACAAACUUCAACUUAUUGUAUUAAUAAAAAUUUAGUUAGUUAUAAAAAUAAAGCGCAUGUCAUGUUAUAUCAAGAACGUGGCGUUUGUUAGAGCUAGUUUCCACACAAUCAGAAAUUAGAACCGUGUAGUGAACAGUGUUAGAAACUAUAAGGGUUUUAGGACUUUUAAUAUAUAAUUUUGUUGUUAGAAAAUGAUUACUAUGUAUAAUUCAAUUAGUUGUACUUGAGAAAAAAAAAUUUAACUAUAACUCUCAAAUAAUAUUACUUGCAAAAUUGUGACAGUGCAAAAUCAAAAAUUUUGAGGUUAUAAUUUACUUUGUACUUACACGUUUUUUUUAAUAGUAAACGAAGUGACACUCGGGCGCUAUGGAAGACGGCCACACCAAAACGGUUGAAGAAGUGUUAAGGUACUUCGAUACUGAUGUUGAUCGUGGUCUUUCUCUCGACCAAGUUAAGAAAAAUCAAGAAAAAUAUGGACCUAAUGAACUUCCUGCGGAAGAAGGCAAAUCCAUAUGGCAAUUAGUUCUAGAACAAUUCGAUGAUCUACUAGUCAAGAUUUUAUUAUUAGCUGCUAUAAUUUCUUUUGUAUUAGCUUUAUUUGAAGAACACGAUGGCGCUUUCACUGCAUUCGUAGAACCCUUUGUAAUUCUAUUAAUUCUCAUAGCAAACGCAGUAGUAGGUGUUUGGCAGGAACGAAAUGCGGAAUCGGCCAUCGAAGCACUCAAAGAAUACGAACCGGAAAUGGGUAAAGUUGUUCGACAAGACAAAUCCGGUAUCCAGAAAAUCAGGGCGAGAGAAAUAGUACCCGGUGACGUAGUAGAAAUUUCUGUAGGAGAUAAAAUUCCCGCCGAUAUCCGUAUCAUCAAAAUCUACUCUACUACACUCCGUAUCGAUCAGUCUAUAUUGACCGGAGAAUCGGUAUCAGUAAUUAAACACACCGAUCCUAUACCAGAUCCUAGGGCAGUAAAUCAAGACAAGAAAAACAUCCUGUUUUCCGGUACUAACGUAGCCGCCGGUAAAGCUCGAGGCGUCGUUAUCGGAACCGGUCUCAAUACCGCCAUCGGUAAAAUCAGAACGGAAAUGUCGGAAACCGAAGAAAUCAAAACUCCCCUACAACAAAAAUUGGACGAAUUCGGCGAGCAAUUAUCUAAAGUAAUCUCGGUUAUAUGCGUCGCCGUAUGGGCCAUUAACAUCGGUCAUUUCAACGAUCCAGCUCACGGGGGCUCUUGGAUUAAAGGCGCCGUCUAUUAUUUCAAAAUAGCCGUAGCUUUAGCCGUAGCCGCUAUACCCGAAGGUCUUCCUGCCGUAAUCACGACUUGUCUCGCUUUGGGUACCCGUCGUAUGGCGAAGAAAAACGCCAUCGUCAGAUCAUUACCUUCCGUAGAAACUCUAGGUUGUACUUCGGUUAUUUGUUCCGAUAAAACCGGUACUCUUACUACUAAUCAAAUGUCCGUAGCUAGGAUGUUUAUAUUCGAAAAAGUCGAAGGUAACGACAGCAGUUUCCACGAGUUCGAAAUCACCGGUUCAACUUACGAACCUAUUGGAGAAAUAUUCCUCAAAGGACAGAAAGUUAAAUGUUCGGAAUUCGAAGCCCUCCAAGAAAUCGGUACCAUUUGCAUAAUGUGUAACGAUUCCGCUAUCGAUUUCAACGAAUUUAAACAGGCCUUCGAAAAAGUGGGCGAAGCCACCGAAACCGCUCUCAUAGUAUUAGCGGAAAAGAUGAAUCCUUUCAAUGUCGUCAAAACCGGUGAUAGAAGACAAGUUGCCAUAUGCGUCAGACAAGAUAUCGAAACUAAAUGGAGGAAAGAAUUUACUUUGGAAUUUUCCCGCGAUCGUAAAUCCAUGUCUUCUUAUUGCACACCACUUAAACCGUCUCGCUUGGGAACUGGACCUAAACUAUUCGUUAAAGGAGCACCCGAAGGUGUAUUGGAAAGGUGUACGCACGCUAGAGUCGGUACUCAAAAAGUACCUCUAACCAGCGCUCUCAAAAAGAAAAUUGUGGAUCUUACUGCUCAAUACGGUUGUGGACGUGAUACUCUGCGUUGUCUCGCGUUGGCUACCGCUGAUAACCCGAUGAAACCGGAAGAAAUGGACUUGGGUGAUUCCUCGAAAUUCUAUACCUAUGAAGUGAACCUCACUUUCAUCGGUGUCGUCGGUAUGUUGGAUCCCCCGCGUAAGGAAGUAUUCGAUUCCAUCGUUCAAUGUCGCGCCGCUGGUAUCAGAGUUAUUGUCAUCACCGGAGAUAAUAAAGCCACUGCAGAAGCUAUCUGUAGACGUAUCGGGGUUUUCGGUGAAGAUGAAGAUACCACCGGGAAAUCGUAUUCCGGUCGUGAAUUCGAUGAUUUGCCAACGUCGGAACAAAAAGCCGCUUGCGCUAGAGCCAGGUUAUUCUCGAGAGUGGAACCCGCUCACAAAUCCAAAAUCGUGGAAUAUUUACAAAGCAUGAACGAAAUAUCUGCCAUGACUGGUGAUGGUGUAAACGACGCUCCGGCAUUAAAGAAAGCCGAAAUCGGUAUCGCCAUGGGUUCCGGAACCGCCGUAGCUAAAUCUGCGUCUGAAAUGGUAUUGGCUGAUGAUAAUUUCUCGUCUAUUGUCGCAGCAGUUGAAGAAGGACGCGCUAUUUACAAUAACAUGAAACAGUUCAUCCGUUAUCUGAUUUCGUCUAAUAUCGGUGAAGUGGUGUCAAUUUUCUUAACAGCUGCUCUUGGUCUUCCGGAAGCUCUCAUUCCGGUACAACUUUUGUGGGUGAACUUGGUAACUGACGGUCUUCCAGCUACUGCUCUCGGUUUCAAUCCACCAGAUUUAGAUAUUAUGAAGAAACCUCCGCGUAAAGCCGACGAAUCUUUGAUAUCUGGUUGGUUGUUCUUCAGAUAUAUGGCUAUUGGAGGUUACGUAGGUGCUGCCACCGUUGGAGCUGCUGCAUGGUGGUUCAUGUACAGUCCUGAAGGACCUCAAAUGAACUACUACCAAUUGACUCAUCAUUUGCAAUGUAGCGGAGGCGGUCCCGAUUUCAAAGGUGUGAAUUGUAAAGUUUUCAACGAUCCCCAUCCAAUGACCAUGGCUCUAUCUGUCUUGGUAACAAUUGAAAUGUUGAACGCCAUGAACAGCUUAUCGGAAAAUCAAUCUUUGAUCGCCAUGCCCCCAUGGUGCAAUUGGUGGUUGAUCGGCUCAAUGGCUCUCUCAUUUACACUUCAUUUUGUUAUAAUCUACGUUGACGUUCUCUCCGCCGUAUUCCAGGUGUGUCCAUUGACAAUAGAAGAAUGGAUGACAGUGAUGAAAUUUUCAAUUCCAGUAGUAUUACUCGACGAAACAUUGAAAUUCGUCGCCAGAAAAAUUGCAGACGUUGGUGAAGUCGUUGUUGAUAGAUGGUAAAGCUGCAGCACACUAUGACUCCUAGCUUUCUAAAAUAUCUUUCUAGAUUAAUGUUUAAAAGACAUUGUUGGCUUUUUCUUAUUUAUUUUUCUAACGGAUAGCUUUUAGCAUCCAUUUAUUUUUACUCGCUAGCAAAUAUGCAAUUUAUUUUUUGCUAAAAUCACAAUCGCUUUAUUUAUUUUUCGCUAUAUUUUUGAUUCAACCUGUGAUUUGGUUUAAAUUUCAUUUCUCCAGAGUCUUUGUAUGAACCGGGUAUGUCUGACUUCAGCAAGAAAUCAAUUGUCUAGAGUAAUGGAGACGCUGGCAUACAAAGACUCGAUAUAAUCAAAAAAGUGUACAUAUAACUAAGACAAAUUUGGAAAUAGAAAUUGUUAUUGUUUUGCCCCCAACGUGGUGUAAAACGUCGAUAAUUUGAGAUCAGCACAGACUGGAAUUUACAAGAGAGGGGGAAGUAGCCUCCUCGCACCUCCCCUGAUUGUUGUCGCUCCACGUUGUUUUUAGUUUAGUUAAAUUUUAGCCGUGGGUGUUAGUUCGAUAUUAAUUUUAUAUAAACGCUUUACCUGGUUUCAAUUAAAGUCGGUUUGUACUAAUCAAAUAUGUUUACAUGUUUGGGAUUGAGAUGAGAUUGGGCAAUUGUCAUAUUUUGGAGGAAUACGACGGUUUGAGCUGGUCUCGAUUAAGUAAGGUUGCACUUGUAUGAGCAACCAUGUAUAAGUUAUACAUUGUAAUUUACAUCAGUUUUGUAAAACAAGAUUAUUUGUGUAAAUAAAGUGACGGCUUUCUGGCUGUCGUAAAUUUAUAA